AUGAAGAUGUUUGCCCUUUUCAUUUUAUGCAUCUCAGUCCCUUCAGCCUUCGCAGCCACAGGUGUCGAUGUAUCAGCUUAUACCAGUCAAGAUUCUUUCAGCUGUUUAAAUCAAAAUGGCUAUAUCUUUGGGAUUGUCCGUGGCUACUGCAGCUACGGUGCAGUUGACCCCAAUGUGGUUUCAAAUAUCCAAAACUCGAUUAACGGAGGAAUGCAGAAUACAGACGUCUACCUCUUCCCUUGCUACCCAUGUGGAGACCCAGCAGGCCAAGCUGACGAUUUAGUGAACGCAAUUGCAGGCCAAGGAUAUGGAAUGGUUUGGAUCGAUAUUGAAGUUUACGCUUGGGACUCCGACCAAGGAAACAAUCAUUAACAUUAGCAUUACUUACUCCCCCUCCGUGAGCGAACAAAAAAUUUUGUUCGUUAACGGAGGGGGCUAAUUUGUUUUUUUAAAAAAUUUUAUAUAUAAAUUUUUAUAGAAAUUUUUUUUUUUACAAUUUUAAAAAAAUCCUAAUUCUCAAAAUUGGAAAGCAAAUAUUAAUUUAAUUUAUAAAAAUAUGUUUUAAAAAACGCAAUUUGUUUAAAAUUAAACAGAAUUAGCUCAAGAUUUCAUAAUAAUAAUUAUAUAAAAAAUUUUGUUCGCUUACGGAGGCAAAAAAUAGGGAUUUUUCUAAUGGUUUUGCGCUCACGAGGGGGGAGUUAGAGAUUUUAACGUGCUUCUCUGGCUCCGCAGGGUGAUUUAGCAAAGCCAUAAGGGCUCACCCAGUAGACAUCGCCAUUUUUAUUGGACCGACAGAUCAUCCUAAGCAAGUGACGGCUAAUUGGCUGCCAGAUCUCACGGGCUGCGUUGCCUUGCUCGAAAAUUGACUCCUGCGCGUGGUGCCACCUAUGGGUCUCCCUUGGGAGUGUCAAGCAAUAAAACUCUAUAUCCACCAAACAUCCAAGGAUCAGGCCAGGAGGCUGUGCGCCCCCCUUGUUGCUUAUCUGAUAUUGCUGAAUAAGGUCCCCACCAGGAAAACUGAGCCCUAUAAUAAUAAAUUGGUCAAAGGAGUGAAAUUCUUCAGAGAAGAAUUUCUCGACGACGCCAUUUUAUUAUUAUAACCCAGGAAACAACCAAAACUUUAUUUUGACUAUGGCAAAUGAACUGACCAACCAAGGCCAAAGUGUCGGAAUUUAUACUAGCUACUAUAACUGGCAAAGUAUUGUAGGACUUGGAUGGACUGGAGUUUCUCAAUAUCCAUUGUGGUAUGCCCAUUACGAUGACUGGAUGAGCUUCGGAGAUUUUACUCCAUUUGGAGGUUGGAAUACCCCUGCUAUUAAGCAAUAUAACGGAGAUGUAAGCUACUGUGGAGCUGGGAUCGACCAAGAUUACUAUCCUUAA